AUGGACAUCAACCUGGUCUGGGACCCGGCACGCGGCGUCAACUUUCAAGAGUAUGAGGGCGACAAAGCUACGGCCGCCAAAGCUGCGGCCGACAACGAAAAAGCUACCGCUAGACAUGUGUCGAACGCUGGCGUUCCUUCCAACCCCGAUGCGGAUCUCGGCGAAGCGGAGCGGCAAGCCGCGGAAGAGGCGAAAGAGAAAGCUGCGGCCAUUUUCUUCUCGGCAGCCGCGCUUUCCGGAUCGUUCGGCGGUGCGCUCGCGGCAGGAAUCCAACAUAUGGACGGAGUUGGCAACCUCCGCGGAUGGUCUUGGAUUUUCAUUAUCGAGGGCCUUCUGACCUUCGUCUUCGGAGUCGCAUCUUUUUGGAUGGUUCAUGACUUUCCAGAUGAGGCCGAGUUCUUAUCCGAUGAGGACAAACAGCGUCUCCUUCGCCGUUUGGAUGGAGACCAGCAAGCCUCCGCCCGUCGCGAAGUCUUCAAGACUUUGUACUUUUGGCAGGCCAUGCGCGAUUGGAAGACGUGGAUGUCGAUGGCGAUUUACAUGGGCUGCGACAUGCCUCUGUUCGCAGUCACCCUCUUUCUGCCGACGAUCAUCGACGAUCUUGGCUUGAACACUAGCACGAUUCAAUCUCAACUCUGGACGGUGCCCCCCUACGCCGCCGCCGCGGUGUUUACGGUCUUCAUGGGAUGGCUAGCCGAUAAGUUCAAGGUGCGUGGUAUCUGCAACGUCUGCGUGAGCAUGGUCGGUAUAGCCGGCUUUUCAACGAUCCUUGCGGCGGAUAGCCCUAAGAUCAAGUACAUCGGCACUUGUCUGGGGGUGAUGGGUCUGUACCCAUGCGUCAGCAACACCAUCACCUGGAUCGCAAACAACACCCAGGGAGUGUACAAGCGCGGCGUGGUAUUAGGGUUUGUCAUUGGAUGGGGAAAUCUCAGCGGUAUCCUCAGCUCGUUCACUUACCGCCACCCUCCGUUGUUCAUUGAGGGCCAUGCCAUUGUCAUAGCGUUCAUGGCCCUCUGUCUGUGUGUGGGGAGUCUGAUGAUGAUGGCACUACUCAGUAGAGAGAACCAGAAACGCGAGCAAGGCAAGAGAAACUGCUGGUCAGAUGGAAAAACACAGGAGGAGAUCCAUGAACUGGGAGACAACGAGCCGGGUUUCCGCUACACUGUUUGA